UUGGAGAGACGUGCGGACUGCGCUGAGAGCCGCCACCAUGCCGUGCACAGGCUUAAAUUAGGGACAAAGUUUUCUGGCAUUAUUCAGUUGUUAUCACCGCUCUCUGACAACAUGGAGUACUGGAGGCAGUGUGCUAUGUGGCUGAUCAGCUGCAACGUGCUGCCCCCGAACCACCGGGUGACUGCGGACAUGGCGCAGGUGUUCGACCUGGCGCAAACCCUGCGGGACGGGGUGCUGCUGUGCCAGCUGCUCAACAACUUGAAACCUCACACCAUCAACCUGAAGGAGAUCAAUCUCAGGCCACAGAUGUCGCAGUUCCUGUGCUUGAAGAACAUUCGCACAUUCUUAACGUCUUGCUGUGUGGUGUUUGGAAUGAAAAAAAGUGAUUUAUUUGAAGCCUUCGAUCUCUUCGAUGUUCGAGACUUUGGAAAGGUUAUGGACACGCUAUCGAAGCUGUCUAACACAGCAAUUGCACAGCAAGGAGGAUUUAAGCCAUUCCCAACCGAGGAAAGCCUAAAAGACGAGGACAUUUACAAUAAUCUGGAAGACUUGAUUGAUGAGAAUGCCCCAGAGGACGAGGACGACUUGUAUGCGGCGGUCUAUGGGCUGGAAGAAGACUAUGCAGGUGGAGAAAUCUAUGAAGAUCUCAUGAGGACUGAACAGCAACCCCCAUUGAAGCAGGUGGAGGUAGAUGUCCGGAGCUGCUGCCUUACAGAGAUUAAACAGACGGAGGAGAAAUACACAGAGACCCUGGAGUCCAUCGAGAAGUAUUUUCUAAAUCCUCUGAAGAAAUUCUUCUCUACGGCUGAAAUUGAAAAAGUUUUUGUCAACAUACCAGACCUGGUUAAACUUCACAAGAGCCUGAUGGUUGAAGUGCAGGACUCCAUCCUAAACAAAAAUGCCUUAAAUCUCUACCAGAUUUUUAUCAGCUACAAAGAGAGACUGCUCAUUUAUGGGAUAUACUGCAGUCAGGUGGAGAUCGCCAUCGCUGUUUUAGACCUCAUUUGCAAAGAGAAAGAGGAUGUUCGUCUAAAACUGGAGGAGUGCUCAAAGAGAGCCAACAAUGGGAAGUUUACACUGAGGGACCUGCUGGUUGUCCCAAUGCAGAGAGUCCUCAAGUACCAUCUACUUCUUCAGGAGCUAGUCAAACACACUCACGAUGCUGCUGACAAGAGCAACUUGAAGAUCGCUCUUGAUGCCAUGAAAGACCUGGCUCAGUAUGUCAACGAGGUGAAGAGAGAUAAUGAGACUCUAAGGGAGAUCGACCAGUACCAGAGGUCUAUUGAAAACCUGAAUCAGCCUCUAAUCAGCUAUGGUCGACCAAAAGGUGACGGAGAAGUGCGCAUAGUCUCCAGUGUUGACAAGAGGAAACAAGACAGACACAUCUUUUUAUUUGAUGUGGCUGCCAUUGUUUGCAAGCGAAGAGGAGACAACUAUGAGAUGAAGGACAUACUCGACCUCAACUUCUUCAAGAUCACAAACAACCCAACCUCGGACAGAGAGAGUAAAAAGUGGUGCUACGGGUUCUACGUGACUCAUCAGCAGGGGCACACAGGCUUUGAACUCUUUUUUAAGACCAGAGAGCUGAAGAAGAAGUGGCUGGAUCAGUUUGAAAUGGCCAUGUCAAAUAUCCGACCAGAGAAAGCCAACCACAACUCCCAUCAGUUCAAGAUGCACACCUUUGAAAGGAUCACUUCCUGUAGUUUUUGUCAUCUCUUGCUCAGGGGCAUCUUUAACCAGGGUUAUCUCUGUCAAAAAUGCGGGCUGGGGGCUCAUAAGGAGUGUCUGGGUCGACUGGGAGUCUGUGGGAGAACAGAUUCUACCAAGCCGAAGCCCAAGGAAAGCACAACACCACCAGACCCAGGUUUACCCAGGAUGAUUGUCAUCAAAGACUACAGUGGCAUUCCCUGUCCCCAGUGUGGGCCCCCGCUAAGCAUUCAUGCGGGGGAUGUCAUUGAACUGAUAUUUGCCGACCUGCACAGCUCCUGGUGGCAGGGCAAAAUUCUGGCGACAAGCAAGAUUGGCUUCUUUCCAAGUGACGCUGUGAGGCCUUGCCCAUGUGUUCCAAAACCUGUCGAUUACUCUGCCCAGCUCUGGUUUGCAGGGCCAAUGGAGAGAUAUCAGGCUGAGGUGGAGCUCUUGGACCGAGGAAACAGCACCUAUCUGGUUCGACACAGGAGUAAAGAGUGCACUGAAUACGCCAUCAGUAUAAAGUUCAACGACAAAGUCAAGCACAUUAAGAUUCUGACCAAGGAUUGCUGUUUUUACAUCGCCGAGAGCCGCCUGUUCAAGACUGUGCUGGACUUGGUGGAAUACUACAAGCAGCACUCUCUGAAGGAGGGUUUCAGCAGUCUUGACACCACUCUGCAGGUUCCCUAUAGGGAACUGUCCAAUGGAAACAUGCCCAGGGCCAUUACCAAGGCUGGCAAUGUUCCUCCUGGCGGCUGCAGCUUUGUUCCUCCCUCCUCCUCGCCUUUCUGGUCAGUGUUUUCUCCCAGGGUGGUGGGUAUUGCAGUAGCACGCUAUGACUUCUGCUCCAGAGACACACGAGAGCUCUCCCUGCUUCAGGGAGACAUUAUCACGAUCUACUCGAAGAUGUCCAAUGGGUGGUGGAAGGGAGAGAUCGACGGCAGGGUGGGCUGGUUUCCCUCUACUUACGUGGAAGAGGAGGAGUGACUUUUCCGGAUGAAUGACAUCUAUUCGGCAUCCAUUCAAAGUUGACCACCUCCAGUGAGAGCCAUGCUGCUUAGCUGCUCUCUGUGCCCUGCAAGCCAGAUCUCUUUGAUAAAACCCAGAGACUCUGACUUAAGAGGAAGCGGCAGUGCCCCCAAAAACCUUCUUCUGCCCUCUGACAGACUCUCACACAGAGCAGAUGUCAAAUCACAGAUUCCAGGAGCGCCACUCCAUAUCUCGCCUUUCUGCGGCCUGUCUGCCCCUGCGGCCCUAUGGGAAGUGCAUGUGCUGUGCCCAGAUAACCCUCCCUCCUCCCUUCCUGCUCACCUCGUCUUAUUAUUGAUGACUCCAUUGGCUGGUGUGAGACUUGCCUUAACUGUCAUCAUGUUUCAAUACCAGGAAGGCUCAGUCACCCAACUGGAACAUAGAUCCCGCUGACAGCGCACACCCAGGUACUCGUACCAAAUUUAAAUGCAGAUGCUGAGGAGCUUUGACUGUUGGAACACUAUUGCCCUCUUGGCUGUUCUGACGUUUGUGAUCAACUUUCUUUCUAAGACCCAUUUUAUUUUUGAAAUUUUAAAUUACUGGACUGAUUUAAAUGCAAUUGCUGAAACGGGAUUUGAUGCCGUUUUAAAAAAGGAUGGAGCGAUUUCAGCACCACAGCGUGGAGGAUUGAUCUGUCAUUUACAUGUGAUGUGUUUGCACUUUUAUGACUAUUAGUCUUGCAAAGUCAGAAGUUAUUUCAUCAUAUCAUGACAGGUAAACACAUCUGGAGACAAAGCAGUUGAUAAUGUGGUUGUGGAAGGCGCUGUUUUCCAGUCUGUAUGCUAAGCUAAACUAACAGUUUGCUGGCUGUAGCUUCAUAUGUUGUGGACAGACAUGAAAGUGGUACGAAGUCCUCUCAUCUAACUCUUGUCAUGAAAGCGAAUAAACCUAUUUCGCAAUAGAUUGAAGUAUUCAUUUAAGCCAAAACUGACCACAAUUACGGCUGGCCCCAUGAGUGAAUAUGGUGAAUCAUCAAUAGGAAGAAGCAACUCAUACUUUCAUGAUGUUUCACAAUGUUCCCAUUUAAUGGCACUGAAGGGGGAAAAAAUAUGCCCAGUUCUCAUGUUUGGAUUCAGACAUGUGAAGUCAUCAAAGAGACAAAAUAUGUACAAAAGGAUUUACAAAGCCAAUAUAAGUUUUAAAAGUGCAUGUGUUGUCUAUACUUCACAGAGAGCUCCUUCAUCUUUUGAUCAGUCGCUGUGAGCCCCUUUACAAUCCACACAUUUUGUGUUUACCUCAACUCUUUCUGGUUUCAGAAUGAAUGAUUCAAGGAUGAUGUAACAGCUGUUCACUGUAGAGCAAGGUGGCACAAGGGCGUUAAAUGAUGCUGUUUUCCUUCAAACGUUAACAUCCCGCUAACCAUGUGUGUGACAUCAAUAUUUAAUAAAAGCAUACUCUUUGAAUGGUA